AUGUUUUACGCAAACGCAGAAGCAGCCUCAGAAAAUAAUGACAAACAUGCAAUCGCAGGUUCUUCUUUAUCACAUUCCUCUCCAAUUGCAUUAGACGAAGCCUUCAAUAAAGUUAAAACAGAAUCAGUUUUAAAUAACCUUUUGGAAUCCGAAAAAAUGUAUGUCAGAGAUCUUUUAGCUGUACUCAAGGGGUACAAAGAUGCGUCUGAAUACGAGCAUAUGCAAGUGUUUCUCCCACCAGAUGCAGGAGAGAAACUCACUAUUAUUUUUGGAAAUUUGGAAGAUAUUUGUAAAUUUCAUACGCAACAAUUUAUAUUGGGAUUGAGCAGUCGUUCAACAAGUGGAAAAAUAGCAAAGUGCUUCAUGGAAUCGAAAAAUAUGAUGUAUCUAUUAUACAGUAAUUACUGUAUAAAUCUUCCAAACUCUGAAAAAGUGAGAGAAAAUUCUCCUGAAUUGAAAUCAUUCUUCCAACUUUGCCAAGAAAUAUCAGAUCACGAUAUGCCCUUAGCAGCAUAUUUAUUGAAGCCAGUACAGCGUAUAACUGAAUAUCAAGUAUUUUUAAACGAUCUUCUAAAAUACUGCCAGGACGCUAACGCUUACGCCAAACUUCGGAAAGCUGUAGACUGUUUCGGAAAAGUAUUAAAAUCUGUCAAUGAUCGUUUAUACCAGAGGUGUAUAACGGACCUUUAUUUGAAUCUAUCGCAACAGGGAGAGUUAUUGCUCAAAGGAAGAUUUACUGUAUGGUAUGAUCACAAACUACUUUCAUUAGCAAAGCAAAGAUUCGUUUUGCUUUACCAAAGAGCUGUACUUUUCUGUAAACCAAUUUCGAAAGCAACGGAAGAUCAGGCUAGUUAUCAGUUCAAAAAUUAUUUGCCAAUGUCUCAGAUUGGGUUGACUGAAUAUAUUAAAGAUGAUAACCUGAAAUUUGAAAUUUGGUCCAAAGGAAGACAAGAAGUUUAUGUCGUCAAAGCUCCUAAUUGCGAAAUGAAGGAAACAUGGGUUAACCAAAUUAAAAAAUUGUUACUCAAACAAAUGAAAAGAAUUGAAAGGAAACAGUUAAGAGAAAAUGGAGGUCGAACUCCCAAAUUCAUUCUAGAAAAUAGAGAGCAGGAAACUUCCUCCUUUGCAGUAGAAAAGGUAUCGAGUCAAGCUGCAGCAACUAACAGUAAUGAUACUGGUUAUUGUUGUCAGACUCAAAUUUAUGUUGCCUUUAAAGACUAUUAUGCAAAUACAUACAAUGAAGUUAACAUUGAAGAAGGAGAUAUAGUUGAGCUGCUGAAGGUCAAAGAAGGGGGUUGGUGGUAUGUAAGAAUUAUUGGUAAUAAGAAAUUUAUUUCACUUAUCGAUCUACCCAUUUUAGAAGAUCACAAAAUAACUAGCUCUCUAGCUAAAUCACUAGUAAACAUAAAUGUUUUUGAAGAUACUGCGUUCAGCGACAGAAAAGGUUGGGCUUCGGGUGCGAUUUUCCGUAAAAUGUUUGAGUGA